GAAGUCACAACAAACAUGGCGGCGCUCGGUGCGGCGCGGCGCUUGAUGCGGAGCUACUCGCGGGUGAAACACGCACCGAGGGGCGGGCGGGUGUCGGUGAGGUGCGGCGCCAGGUCGCUGUGCAGCGGCACGCGGGACAGAGGAGACGACGCAAAGCCCCAGUUCACCGAUCCCGCUGUGCAGGACGUCCUCGGCAGGAUAACGGGCCUGGACCUGCAGAAAGUGUUCCGACCCGUUAAAGAGGAGCUGAAGCCGCCCACCUACAAACUCAUGACUGAUGAGCAGCUGGCGCAGGCGGUCACGUUGGCCACGGAGCAGGCCAGGAAGCUGCUGCAGAUGCCCCCCGUCCUGCCGGAGAGGAAGCCCAUCGACGACGUGCUGUCGGAGGAGAAGAUCCUGGACGGCAUGGACACCGCCAAAUACGCCUUCACAGACAUCACCUACGACAUCCCGCACAGGGAGAGGUUCAUUGUGGUACGGGAACCCAACGGGAUCCUCAGGAAGGCAACCUGGGAGGAGAGGGACCGGCUGGUCCAGGUGUACUUCCCCAAGGUGGGACGCAAGCUCUCAGCGCCGCUCGUCUUCAAGGAGGAGAACCUCAAGAUGGCGUUUUCUCAGGACCGCCACGAGGACGUGUUGGACCUGUGCCUGGUCCAAUUUGAGCCCGACUCCUCCGACUACAUCAGGGUACACGCAGCCACCUACGAGGACCUGGACAAGCACGGCAAAUAUGAGCUGCUGCGCUCCACCAGGCACUUUGGUGGCAUGGCCUGGUACCUGCUCAACGCCCGCAGGGCCGACGGGCUCAUAGUGGACAUGCUGAAGAGAGAGCUGCUGCAGGACGCCGUUGACCUCGUGUCUCUGUUCCACAUGCUGCACCCCCACAGCGAGUCGGCCCAGGAAGCCGCCGGCCAGCAGGCCGCCGGCGCCGACCUGCUGAAGAUCUACGCCCAGAAGGAGUCUCAGAGGUCGGGGUACAUCGAGCUGGCCCUGCAGGCGUACGAGGAGCCAGCUGCUAAGAGCCGUGCUGAAUGACCCCCCCAUCCCCCAAAUAUACAAAUUCACCCAAAGGAUGAGCAUUUAUUGCCUCUGGUGUUUCAUAAUCCUACGUUCUGCUCCUCACUUCACAUCCAAGAAGUUAUUCACGUGUUGUCUGAAUCGUCAUUUGAGUCCAAAUAAAUAACUUUGUACUUG